AUGGCCACUAAUAAUACUCAAGUGAAUAUAAACGAGCGUGCUGUGCAAAAUAGAUCUAGUCAAGAUGAUUUUGGCAGACAAGAUUUACAAAAUGGCAGUAUUGCUCCAGGUACUGCUACUUGCAAUGGAAACCAAGAUAUGGAUCUCAAUCACUCAGAUGCAAAUGAUAGCCAAAAUAACUAUACAAGUCGCACUAGAAACAACUCUGCUCAAACUUCAUCUACAAUCAGCCCACUGCUGCGACGAGCAUCUGAUCAAGAAUUUAAUGAAUCACCCAAUCAACAUCCCGAUGAGACGCUGCACCACGAAAAAUAUUAUGAAGCCGAUGCCGGUGAUGGCACAAAAGCACACGAACAAUACCUACAUGGCUUACCAUUAUUCCUCACCUUGAUAUCCUGCAUAAUAUCCCUUUUUAUAGUUGCCCUUGAUCAGACUAUUGUUUCCACCAUAUUGACCACUGUGGGUGACCAAUUCAACUCAUUUGAAAAAGUAGGAUGGUUGACAUCGGGGUUUAUGUUGCCCAUGGCAUGUCUUGUUCCAUCAUAUGGUAAGAUCUCCAUUGCCUUUGGACGUAAAGUUACCUUGAUUGUAGGGAUCAUUAUUUUCGAGAUUGGAUCACUCAUUUCCGCAUUGAGCAACUCAAUGAGCUUGCUCAUUGGUGGACGUGUGAUUCAGGGUAUUGGUGGUGGAGCUGUUCAAAGUAUGGUGAUGGUGAUCUUGACUGAAAGUGUUCCAAUCUCGAGAAGAUCAUUGGCUUUUGCAUGUGUAGCUGUUGUUUGGUCGACUAGUUCGGUGUUGGGACCCAUUAUUGGUGGCGCGUUGGAAAAAGUUAGUUGGAGAUGGUGUUUCUAUAUCAACUUACCCAUUGGUGGCUUUAGUUUGAUUGUGUUGAUGCUUGGUUUCCACCCACCAAGAGCCCAAGGAAACAUUCGAGAAAAGCUAAAGAAAAUAGAUUACAUGGGAACCUUUCUUGUUACAUCUGGAAUAGUAUUGGUGCUAUUGGCGAUGACAUUUGGCGGAGUAGAUUUUGCAUGGAACUCAGCUGCCAUAAUUUGUCUUUUCGUUAUUGGUGGUGUUUUGUGCAUAUUAUUCCUUGUGUGGAAUUUUGGAUUCAGUAGCAAUCCAAUCAUUAUGAAGGAAUUUGUAAAGUCUCCUGCGAUUAUGGCAGCGGUGAUUAGUGCCAUGUUCAAUUUUGCCUUUUUCAUUGCUAAUUUAACCUAUUUGGCCAUUUACUUUCAAGUGAUUUUUGAUGCAAGUAGUUUGCAAUCCGGUAUUGACCUCCUACCAUUGUUAAUAACAGUUACUGUAACAUCGUGUUGCAAUUCAUUAUUUCUCAAUGUUAUGAAGAAUGUCAAAUUGACAAUGAUCUUAUCAGGAGUGUUGAGUCCCAUUGGUACAGGACUAUUUUUACUCCUUGGAAGAAACUCAAGUUUAGGAUUAAGAAUCGGAAUAAUGAUUGUGAGCGGAAUAUCAAUUGGGUUGCAGUUUCAAAGCUCGUUGCUUAGCGCGCAAUUGGUGGCCCCAAAGGACAUACCUGGAGCAUUGAUCAUGGUCACUGUAUUUGUUAAUUUCAUGAAGAGCUUAGCAUCAACUAUAUCUGUGACUAUAGCGCAAUUACUUUUCCAAACCACAGGUGCUACAUACAUCAAGGAUUUGCAAAAUACAUUGAGCCAAGAUACACCCGGGUAUGAACAGUUUAAGCAAAUCCCAUCGGAGACGUUGAUAUCGAACCCGAGAUCAGUGAAAAAUCUAUCUAGCGAGAUUCAAGAUCAAGUAUUGGACCAGUUUGUUAAGGCAUUGAAAAAUGUAUUUUAUUUUGGCUUGGCGUUGGCAGUUGUAUGUUUCUUUGCGUCUUUUUGCACAACGAAUAAGAAGAUACCCAAGAACAAAGACAUCAAGACAAAAGAGAGUGGUGAUGAAGAGGAUGAUAAAGAGGAAGAAGAGGACAAAGGGGAAGACAAAGGAAAUAGGGAGGGAGAUGGAGAAGGGAAUGUAGAGAGCAAGGAAAUGAAAAAAAGAGUAGAGUCGAAUCGUAGUGUUGAUGCCAGUGCAAGUCCAAGCAUGAGUGCCGAAUCCAAAAGCGAUGUCGAGAACAGUGAAGAAGAGGUACGGAUGGAGACAAACAAGGACAGCGCAAAUGCUUAA